UCACAAUACAUGCUAGACAUACCUAUGACAGAAGUCAUCUGACCAAUAAGAGGAACUCUUAUUAGGAGUCAAGCGCAUGCUCAGUAGGCUCAACAUUUCAUGUGUGUCUUACAUCGCGAGUCCGGUGGAGGUCACAGUGAAUUGGUAAAGCAUUGGGACUGAUCCUUUCCCAUCAUGGCUAAAUUGUUUGAGUCAAUUGGAAAAUUGGGGCUGGCCCUGGCUGUUGGUGGAGGUGUGGUGAACUCUGCCCUUUUUAAUGUGGACGCAGGGCACAGGGCAGUGAUCUUUGACCGGUUUCGGGGGGUGCAGGAUGCCGUAGUUGGGGAGGGGACACACUUCCUGAUCCCCUGGGUCCAGAAACCAAUAGUCUUCGACUGCAGGUCUCGUCCCCGUAACGUGCCAGUCAUUACUGGAAGUAAAGAUUUGCAGAAUGUGAACAUCACCCUAAGGAUUCUGUUCCGGCCCGUUGCUAACCAGCUACCACGCAUCUUCACCAGCAUUGGCGAGGACUACGAUGAGCGAGUGCUUCCCUCAAUCACCACCGAAGUGCUAAAAGCAGUCGUGGCCCGGUUUGAUGCAGGAGAGUUGAUCACACAGAGAGAGUUGGUGUCCAGGCAAGUCAGUGAAGACCUGACUGAGCGUUGCUCCACAUUUGGCCUUAUUCUGGAUGAUGUGUCCCUGACACACUUGACCUUUGGUAAGGAGUUUACGGAGGCUGUGGAGAUGAAGCAGGUGGCACAGCAGGAAGCAGAGAGGGCCCGGUUUGUUGUGGAGAAGGCGGAGCAGCAGAAACAGGCAGCCAUCAUCUCUGCGGCAGGAGACUCCCAGGCUGCCCUGCUGAUCGCCAACUCACUGGCCACGGCCGGCGACGGCUUGGUGGAGCUGCGUAAGCUGGAGGCGGCAGAGGACAUCGCCUUCCAGCUCAGCCGCUCCCGCAACGUCACCUACCUGCCCUCCAACCAGGGCACACUAUUGCAGCUGCCGCAGUGAGGGCAGUAACACCCCCCCCACACACACACACCCCCCCCCCACACACAUAUACAUACACACACAGUAACGGACAUAACUCCAGACUGACUCACGCAUAGACUGUGUUGAGCCACUGAAAGGACUACCAAUCUCAAACCCAGAAUGCAUCUCGAUUGUGACCUUUACGUUGUCGAUCUCCCGCUUAGCAUUGCCUUGUCUCUUGCUUACUCUCUCUGUAAUAAAAGUAUGAGGUCUUCAGAUCAUGCUUGAGGGGCUUAGAAUCGAAGGUGUGUUUGUGUGCAUGUGAGUGUGUGACAUUAAUUCUUGUGGUAAAGCUUUAUCUCAAUUUAGCAAAUGUUUCUGAAGGAAAAUAAAAUUACCGGAUAGUGGCACACACACACACACACAUCACUAUGCAGUGACAUGAUCCGUUGUGCAGGCACCUCCUCUGAAAUGAAGCAGACAGUCCAGCUUAGCCUUUUUUUUUUGCUGAGGCACAGGAAACGUGUGAGAAGUAGCAAACUGAGUUGUGUUAUGUCUGGGUAGAGGACAACAUGUGCUUAUUGGAGGGGGGGGGGGGGGGGGAGGGUGGUUACAAAUCGAAUCAAUAAAUUAUAAAUACCACCAAUCAUUUAAAUUCAUUACUGGAAAAGAUAGCUGUUGUAUUGCCUGCUAGCUUAUUAGCAUUUUAAAUUAAUCUUGCCAUUGAAAUGAGGUAGAUCUCUACAACAAGACCAUAUGUAAUAAUAUCAAAUAUGUUGAUGUAACAAAUUGAUACUGACAUGAGAAGUGUUGGAAUUGACUUAAUCGUUUUCUCAAGUAUGUGGCACUUGCGGGGAAUAGCAUUUGGAUCUCCCUACGUCUUUGAAUUUUCUUUGGAACGCUAAAAAAGGUAUAUAGUACAAAGUACAGUGAUGCGUCUUAUUUUUGGUUGGAGUGUGAAUGAAAAGUAUGGGACUGUGUCUGCACUACCAGUAUCCUGCCCCUUGAGAGCUUAAUGGGUCAAGGUCCUACCAUGUCCAGUGCAAAAUGUGCCAGAGUGUGUUCAGAUCAGGUCAUUCAUGCACACAAACAAUAUUGAUUUGUGUUUGGCUUUGUGUUCUGCUGUGAUUGAUAUGUUUUUGUAAGUUGAAGUUGAAGGUAAAUAUGUGAAGCUCUGCAUUCCGUGCUGAAAACUCCACUUGAUUCAAUAAAAAAUAUCAUUUCUACUGGAAA